CCCCGCUCCUCUGCCCAUCCGCCUGCUGUCGCCCCUGCACCCUAAUCGCUCAGGAGAAGUCGCCCGAAAAUGCUCUCUCGUGGGCUGCUUUCCACCUCCGCCGCCGCCGCGCACCGUCUUACCGCCGUCGCCGCUGCGCGCCCCCAGGUGGUCCUGGCCACCCCAGCUGGUGCCCAGUUUUACUCCAAGAAGGCCGCCAAGAAGUCCGCCAAGAAGAAGACUGUCAGCGAGGAUGACAUCAUCAUGGACCCGAAGGAGGCUCAGGCCGUCCUGGCCCGCACGGUGGACUUCAUCAACCCCGUCGGUGACAUCCCCACCAAGUACUCGCCCGACACUCUGGAGAACCGCGAACGUGUGAACUUCAUCCUCUACGCCAACCGGAUUUUCCGCCAGGCCCAGCAUAACCUGCAUGUGGAGCACAUCCGCAGGAAGGUGGCCCUCCAUCGCGAGGCGCGCCUGGAGCUGCAAACCGACGCCCCGCGUCUCUUCCGUGUCAUCGAUCGCCGCUACGAGUCCUGGUCCAAUGUGCCACUCGGCUCGCCGGCGUACGCUCUCAAGCCGGCCCUUGAGCGCACCAUGCCCCUGGACAUGCUGGACCCGAUGGACACCCCGCCGCACAAGCCCCGUAUCACGCAGAUCUAAGAAGGAAAAAAAAAAGCCCUGGCAGGAAGCCUCCCCGGCGCGUCCUACCUUGUUCACAUGGCGUGUGCCUCAGCGCGUCCAGUGUGCCCAUCGCACCGUAUAUCCGCAUCCACACCUGCCGGGCCUUUCCUCAUGCCUCAACGGGAGACGGAAAAAAAAACCAUCGCCAGCGGCAGCCCAUCCGCGCGCCUCCCUUCCCCCUCACACACAUACAAUAUACAUUGAUAGAUUUGAC